GUUCUCGCGUGCGCGUAAGACUGGGGGUUUAGGGUUUAGCUGCUGUCCGGCGUUUAGCGACGAGGUAACAGCUGCUAACAGGAUGCACACAGUUAUCGCCACGCACAAUAUGGAGGCAACUGACAGCUAGUAUUGUUAGACAAGCCACCGAGGGUGUUCCUCAUAUGCACCAGCAUCAGAAAUGGCGGGGAUUAUUAAAAAGCAGAUUCUGAAACAUUUGUCAAGGUUCACGAAGAACCUGUCCCCAGACAAGAUCAACCUGAGCACGCUGAGAGGGGAAGGGCACCUGUCCAACCUGGAGCUAGAUGAAGAGGUCCUUCAGAACAUGCUCGACCUGCCGACCUGGCUGGCCGUCACGCGGGUCUACUGCAACAAGGCCGCCAUCAGGAUACAAUGGACAAAGUUGAAAACGAGCCCAAUCUGCCUGUUCCUGGAUAAAGUGGAGGUUGAGAUGAGGACGUGUGAAGAGCCUCGUCCACCCAACGGCCCCUCUCCCAUCGCUAUAACAGCGGGACAGAGCGAAUACGGCUUUGCUGAGAAAGUGGUAGAGGGCAUGUCUGUCAGGAUCAAUUCGAUCACCAUCAAGGUGCAGGCCCGUGCCUUCCACGCCUCCUUCGAGCUGUGGCAGCUGCAGGGCAACAGCCUCAACCCCAAGUGGCAGCGCAGUGACCUCCGCUACACCCGCGUCACUGAUCCCAAGAGAGGAGAGGUGUUGACUUUUAAAGAAAUCAACUGGCAAACGCUACGAAUCGAGGCCGACGCCAUGGAGAGUGAUGACCAGGACCUCGGCAGUACCCCAUUACGUCUCAUCACCAACCAGGGGCGCAUUCGCAUCGCUCUGAAACGCAGAAUUAAGGACUGUAACGUGCUGGCAUCCAAGCUGCUUUUCAUUCUGGACGACCUGUUGUGGGUGCUGACAGACUCUCAGCUCAAAGCCAUCAUCCAUUACGCCAAAUCUCUGAGCGAAGCCAUGGAGAAGUCAGCGCAGCAGAGAAAGAGCAUGACCGCUGAGUCCUUACAGACUGCUCCUCCAUCCCCUGUUAUCCACAACCUCUGGACAGAACCCCCACCUUCCUCCUCAAGCACCCCCAACAACUUAAGUCAAUACUUUGAUCUCUAUGAUGUCAAGGAGUCAUCCUACCACACCUUCAUAUCACGCUUGGACUUACACAUAUGCAAUGACAGUUCUUCAAUGGACGAAGACGAGCCUCCCCCACCGGGCCUGCAGGGUGCCAUGCAGCUCACGUUUAGGAAGCUGGGCUUUGACUACUAUCCCAUUCAUAGACCUGCUGACGGGUGCCGACACUGGGAACGCUACAGUGGAGCCAUGGAGGCGCAGGCCCAGUGGGCGGGGAAGCUGCUGCAGGAAUACCAGAGAAGAGCCGAGGCCUGUGGGUUCCCAGGGCCUCAUGCCGAGGGGCCCCAUCCCGCCAAGGGUUCCCCUGCAAAGACUGCCAAGGAUGGACAGACUAGCCCCAAGAUGACCCCGUCGGACAAAGAGCAGGCAGCCGGCAGGAACUCAAUUACGGCUUCUUUAAAUUCGAUCCUGAAGAGGCUGCGAUCCAGCUGCGUGGUGAUCAGGAUGGACGAUGUGGACAUUCACCAGGUGUCUACAAGGGGCCGCCACAACAAGAAGACUCGUUCUUUAAUAUCCUGCAACCGGAAAGCUCUGGGUUUGCCAGAUAACGUACCAGCAGUUCAUCUGCAGUUUACAGAGUAUUACUUCCCUGACAACUCUAAUUUACCAGUGCCCACUUCAAAUCUGUAUGUCCAGUUAAACAGCCUCCAGCUGUGCGUGGACGCAGCCAGCCUGCUGUGGAUCAACCUGUUCUCCAGGGGUCUUCUGCAGACCCUGGACCAGGUCAAAGCCUUUUACCAUUUGCAAGAUAGCAAAAAGACAGAAGAGCACGUAGACAUCCGCAUGGACGCAGCUCAGCUUAAGCUGAUUAUCCCUCUGGAUUCCUCAAUUCUGGACCAUCCUGAACGCCCGCAGUCACUUUCUGUCACCGUCCCCCAAAUGGUCCUGAGCAACACUCGACUCUGCCCUCACGGCUCCGCCGCCGACCUCGGCGCCGUGUGGGCAAAGUUCACCAGCUGCGCGUUCUUCCGGCCGACGCCACCCGGUUCUUACCCCAGAGAGCCGAGCGCCUUCGACCCCGUCCCUCCCGCUUUCCUUCGCCACUCUCGGGAAACCGAGCCGCAGCCUCUGGAGAGGAAGCAGCCGCGGUCCCGGGACGUCUGGUCCCUCAGUCUGUCCCGUGUAGCGCUGGGCUUCGACGGAGCGCGUCGGUUCCCCAAAGGGAAAACGCAGCCGUUCAUUGAGCCGUUUGCCGUGUCCGUGUGGAUGUGCCGGCCUUCUGCCUUUGAAAGCGACCGACAAACUUCCUCGGAGGAGGCGCCUCAGCAGGACGACUCCUCUCUCGCUUCUGUCCACUUCCUGGCCCACACCAUCACCCCGCUAAAGAUGUGGCUCAAUCACUACCAGUACGUUGCCCUGCUGAGGAUGAAGGACGCCAUGGUGCGGCUGGGGGCGGAGAUGGGCCGCGACCUACAGGGCGAGCAACAAACCCGCGGCCAGAAGACGAGCCCGCCCACGGUUUGCCUGGCUCUUCUGGUGGACUCGGUGGAACUGGGUCUGCUGUUGCCCCCGGCCUCAGCCGCACCAGACGAAGAGGUUCCCCAGACUCCAGAAACAGACAGCCCCAGCAUGACCGACUCGGACCUCUCCCCGACUCGCCGCUCCGUCGACGGCGUCCCGGAGGACGGCGGUUUGGAAAACGGCGUCUCUUCCAUCGACACGGCUGCUGCGGACGCGUUUGACCAGGAUGAUCAAGAUGGGGUGGUGGAGCAGGCCUACGAGGCUGUAGAGGAGGAGGAGGAGGAGAACGGAUCGACUGCGAAGGAGGAAACCCCCGGUCUCUCGCCUCCCCUCUCACCCGGACCCUCCCCGGUUAUCUCCCGCGAGUCGUCUACCUUUAGCCUGGAGGGAGAACUGUCGAGUGCAAUCAGCGUCACCAAGGACGCCACCAAAGAUGCCAUCAGUGCCUCGCUGGAUCUGACCAAAGGGGCGUUCUCAAUAACAAAGGAUGCCUUCAGCAUGCUGAGCCGCGGCUCCGGCAUGAGUAAACUGUUCAGUGCACAGGCCAGGGAACAGAAUCCGCGAUCGGAAGAGUCCUCCCCGUCUCUGCGACACCAGUCCUUGAAGCAUUCGCACUCCCAGCAAUCCUUCGAUAGCGCCAUCUUGGACGGCAGCCUCCCCGAUGAAAAUCUGUCCGUUGACAGUGAUUUUAGCGACAACUUUGUUGUUCUCAUAGACUCAGAAUCAGGUUUGGAGUCGUUGCGGCCGAACAACACACCCGGAGACAGCCGUGGGAGUCCAGCUCCAGGGACAGAGGGAGGCUCGUCAGCUGACCUCAGCAGCUCGCUCUCUCAAAGCACCGAGGAUGUAGCUCAGGACAUGUCUUCAGUGUUGCUCCUGAUCCUGAGCGGGACAGCUUGUACCGUGGAGGUUCAGGGAGAAGACCAGAUUGUUGCCGUCCAAGCGCAGAAUCUGACCCCUGUGCAGAUGGGCAACGUCAGACAAUCAGACAUUCUGGCUGGUCUCGUGCAAGCUGCGGGCGACGCGGCGCAGAGGCCAGACAGGCGCGGCUGCAGGAACUCUCCGGCGCUCUCCUUGCGGGCGGAAACGGGUCCGUCCGCAGCUCAGCGCUCUGCUCAGAAUGAUGAGUCUCUGGGGUUUCUGGAUGUGAGACUUCAGGACUGCCAGGCAGAGUUGUUAGCCUCAACGGUCACCAGCAUCGGCCCUUUCCUGGAAGAUGAGUUCAGUGUAGACGGCCAGCCAGUAAGGUUACACCUGUCCAACGUCACUGUAACUUUAAAGGACGACGGACCCAGGAUCUACCCCACUGCUCCUCAGCCCGUCCCUGCCAGAUUCAUUAUAGAUCAGAUGCUGCUCCAGCGAAGCGACGAUGGCAUCAUGAGAAUCAGAGCUGAAGGUGCAAACAGUAAACCCUCAUCAGAUGUUCCUGCUGCUGGCUUUGACACGUUUAACGGCUCAGACUCUGUCCAGCCGCAAAGGGAGAGAGAAACACUGGAGACCCAGCUCUGUGAUGCUCAGGCCGCCCUCACACAGGCCCUCAGCGAGAGAGAGCGCCUCCUGCUGGAAGUGAGGAAGUACGACCCCACCUUUACACUCUGAUCCUCUUAGACGCUGACCUCUGAUCACCUGCGGGAUGAGUCAGCCUCAAUGUUGGGAGUAGCGCCGCUCUUUUGAAAUCAUUUCUAAAGAUAGAUCCAGGAGAACGGGAGGUGGAUCCGAACCAUAGCUUCGUAUCACUUCCAACCAGCUCACACAGUCUAUGAGCUCACAAACAACCCCCCCCAGUAGCUGUGGCUAUAAAACUGCCUCCCGUCUGAGUUCACUUUUAGGUACGGGAUGGUUGUUUUUAUUAAUCUGCCAGUUUAGAUACUCAUUUAUGACGCGCUAAACAGAUUUACUCUGGUUUUUACCUCAAACGAAUCAGGGUGGACUGUGAAGUCAUUGUGUGAUUUCAGCGUAAAAGCAUGCAACAUGAUCAAAGCUUGAAAUCUUUCCACUGGGUUAUUGUGUGUCACGGAAACGCUGCGCAGACACUGCCAGACAAACUGCUCAUCACUAACUUCUCUCACGCCGCAUGCUUAGUGAGCAGUGCUACUUCGAUAAAGAGCAAACGUAGCACUUUUUUUUUUAUCGAGCUUUAGUGCUCGACUUAUCACUGUAGUUAACCUUUUGUUUUGGUACAAAAAAAAAAGUUUGUUUAAUUUUUUUUAAGUGUGAGUUUUAACGGUUUUGUGAAAGGUGGAGAAAAUAAUGCACUUUUUUUUUUAUUUAUAAAGCAAACUUCCACUACUUUCAUGAGGUUUAAAGCGCCUCGGUUUCCACCGUUUAUAGGCCGAUCACCAGGUGGAAAAGGUACACACUCGCAUCAAGUUGUCAUCGUUCUCCAGAAGCAAGUGUUAUUUUAUUUUGUAGUAUUUGACGUUUCUUUUAUACUGUGAAUGGAGGUCCUCUGUGGGCGAACGGCAUGCCUUACACUCUGUUUAAUCAUCUGCUCUGGAGAGGUUUGCGAUUACAGACGCACAGGACUGGGGUCUCCUUAACAUGACUUUGUCGCUUGCCAGGAGACGACUCACAAAGCUGGCGAGCUAUGUUGGUCUGACAUGUUCGACUUACAAUGUGUUUGUAUUAUUUUACUUGACUAUAUUUAUUUUUUACAUUCUUUCAUUUUUUUUUUUUUAAAUGAAAUUCAUGUUUAACAAUGUGGUACGGAUGAUGUGAAAGAUUGAUCAAAUAACUGGAAUUGUCUUUCUUUUGACCCAGAUGCCAGUUGCCAAUCUUCUAGUUCCUUGAAGAAAAUGUCAUAAAUUACUGAUGGAUUUAUGUAAAACACUUGUUUGUUAUAUGAACAAAAAAAAAAACAAUCAUAUGAAGGUAUGUCUUGUUGAUUCAGGGUUUUUUUGUUUUGGCAAAAUACCUUAUUUAAAUCUUUUGACUCCCAUUGUUGUAGCAUUGUGUGGGUACGUGGGAGCCCCCUGGUGGCAGAGGCUUGUCACAGCAGUUUUCAUUUUAAAUACUUGAGCUAAGUUACACUGGAAGCUACAGUUGCAUCUCAGCACACUAGAAUGCCAUUAAAAAGCUCAUAUUUGAGCAAAUUAAAAAAGUGAAAGCUAUAUAUAUUGCAUAGAUUGAUUACAUUGAGAGAUAAAGUUCAAGCAUUCAUUUUCUGUUAGUUAUAGCUUAUGACUGAUGAAAUCCCAAAUUGUCAAACUUAGACUAUCACAUGAGAGCAAUAAAAUGAGCAGAAUGGCAGGUAUGUAUUUAAAAAAA